GGAGCAGCCAGCUAUUCCACAGCUGUCCACGAACCAACUUCCCAUUUCGAGCCCACAUUCCGCAUACUUGUCAGAAUUUUCUCGAUGAGCUUUGCACACAACAUCGAACGCCAGGCUGAGGCCACUGCCCUGUGUUUCCCUCGAGUCACUUCAACCAUGUAUGAUGAUCGAGAUCGAGCGGGGCAAGGCUGUUUCCUCUGCCUCGAGAGUCCUACGCAGGGCCAGUAUGCUGUUCUCGUGCCAUGUGUUCGACCAACAGAGCCUCCACAGGUGGUAGGAUUCUCCGAUAUGUUUACCAGCCCGAAACCAAUGUAUGGGAAGAUGAUGUCCUGGGAAACUGCCUGUGAGUCAGACGAGCAAAUCUAUCGGAGAUUGGUGGAUACGUGUUACCGGUAUCUGGGGCCGUGGAAGAAAUGGCUGCCAUACUAUGGAAUCGACGGAGUACUGGAAGUCAACUUUGCCUUUGCUGGUAUUGUUGAACCGGAUGAACGCUAUCCGAUCUGUAUGGAUCCAGUGGAAGCAAACAACGUCGCUGCAGAAUGCGAGAGAAUCAUAGCGAAACACCCGACGGGUCCAUAUCUUGAUAUUGACGAGGUAUGCCUGGACGACGACGAACACAGUGACCAAUGCCUCGUUGGUAUGGAUGAGUGGUCCCAACCCUGUAUCAGAGCCGCCGCGGAGGAAGCAGUGCAGCGCCGUACUCGGCUUCUGUUCCCGUCGCUGCUUCGUGACUGUGCCCGGGACCCUAAGAAAGCCAACGGACUACACACGCUGGAAGGUUGGACGCAACAGAGUUGCAUAUACGACACAAAGUACCAUGAACAUCUUUCUUCUACCUACCCCCGUAGCAUCAAUCAUUUUCUAACCAGAAUAGGGGUAAAAAUCGAGUCGCACUGCCUCGUACGAAUCAGCAAUUCCAUGGAACGGUUCGGAUGAGAGGCCUGCACUUCGUUUUAGGAUGGCAGAAAGAUAGAAUGAGGGUAGAAUUGUUGCCGAGAAUCUCAGCUGCUUGGUCAGGAUUUGCCAUCAUAUGGCUUUGCCUAGUCCUCUGGAGGGCGACUGGGGGGGAUUGGGGAACGGCUCUAGCAUUCGCACAAGUUGUUGCAGCAUCGUUGUCCAUCGUCAUCAUCCAUUUCCAACGAUAGUCUCGACAUGAGGUAGGUUUUUUUCGUAGGGCUUAUAGCGCCUCCUGCACUUUUCUGGAUGUCGCGUAUCUUGCGGAGAGCGGUAAGGCUGCACCAAGCAUCCCAUACCAAAGUACACGCUGGUGCGAACAAGGGCCCGGACUGCAGACAUAACAAGGAGCAUUCCUGUC